UUGAUUGAUGAUUACUGAAAAGGUUAAACUAUCGUUGGAAUGAGUUCGUUUCAUAAUAGCAGUGUCAGGGUUAAGUCCGGCGAUACUACAGGCAUUUACAUGCGCCGCACAGUGUGCGACGUGAGAGCCCAAGGCACUCCAGAACACGUCAUUAUCUCAUUACAGUCUGUUUGCCCAGACAUAUAUUACUGUAUUAAACCGGCGUUUAAUGGAACGAGAGAGUUGCUGUGAAUCACCGGCGGACCCUCGGCCGGGCUGCGUUGCCGCCCGCUCCCGGCCGCCCGGCGCGCACCACCGCCUGUUAGUCAUCGUGCUCUAACUAAUCGACGAGUCGCACUCGCCGCGGCCAAUAGCGGCCACAGCGUCCGUGAUGUAAUGCCGCGAAUGGCGUAAGCGCAGCGUCCAUUAAUCCAUAACACUGAUCCAGAAAUACAUUUUUAUAUUGGCCGGCCUUGAUUCGCACGCGGCGUGAGAGCGCGUAAGGAUUACACCGAUGCACCCUGCUGCCGCACGACUCUUCCCAUCGAUAAUGCGAAAUAUUCAGUGUUUGUGCCAAGUUUGAGUGGGGGAAAUAUUUUACAAGUGCAUCAGUGGUAUGCUGGGAUCGUUCAUUUAAAAUGGACGAAUGCGGUGAGUUGCGUCACGAGCUAGAACGUGUGGUGUCUGAGCGAGACCGGUUGCUGACUGAGAGCUGCGAGCUGGGCGCGGACAAGACGACGCGCGAAGCGGAGCGGGCCGCGCUGCGGGCGGAGUUGCGUGAGGCGCGCCAGCGGGAACAGCGUCAGCUGCUGGACAUCGCCGAUUUAGAGGACGAGAACAUCUCGCUACAGAAGCAGGUCUCCGCGCUCAGAUCCUCUCAGGUUGAAUUCGAAGGAUUGAAACAUGAGGUGCGUCAGCUGCGCGAGGAGGCGGAGAACGCGCGUGCGAUGGCGGAGGAGACGGCGGCGCUGCGGCGCAUCGCAGAGCGCCAGCUGGCCGAGGCGCUGGAGGCGCUGCAGGCGGAGCGGGAAGCCAAGUUCGCCGCCAAGAAGGAGCUCGACGCCCAUCUCAGCAGGGAGGCCGCUUACAACAUCACAAACCUCGCCUACAGUAUACGAGGUAUGCCAGAAGAUAGCGCGGAGGAGGAGGGUGAGCCGGGCGGAUCGUCGUCUGCGGAGCUGGCCACAGCGAUGGGCGACCAUCAUGCAGACCUCUUCUCCGAGGUGCAUCUGCACGAGAUAUCCCGUCUCGAGAAGCAGCUCGAGCAGGCGCACAAUGAAAAUAGUCAGCUGACGGCGUCAAUGCGCGCUGCGCAGGCGACGGCGGAGAGCGAGGGCGCGGCGGCGGGCGCGCUGCGCACCGGCCUCGUGCGCGUCGCCUCACGCGUCACCGCACUCAACGCGCUGCACGCAGACUGCGCACCCGCUGAAGAGAAGGAGGAGAAAACGGAAGGCGGUGUACCAGCUCGCGCGGCGCGGUGGCUGACGUGGUGGCGCGUGUCGGGCGGCGAGCUGAGCGCGCUGGCGGGCGCACUGGCCGAGCUGAGCGCUGCGAGUGCGGCGCCCGGCUCCCCCGCCGCGCAGCAGCGACAGGCGCUCGCGCAGCUCAGCGACCGCGUCGCAGAAGCGGAACUGCGCUGCGCCGCGCUCGAGGCUGAUGCGGACUUGUUACGUACGCUUGCCGGAGGUGCUGGUCGUGCGCUGGCGAGCGCUGCGCCGGCGCUGACGUCGGCCGCGGAGACGCUGGCGCAGCUGUACCACCACGUGUGCGCAGUCAACGGUACGCAGCCCGAGCGGCUGUUGCUGGAACACGCCGGACAUCAAGACAGUGGUGGUGCUGAGGGUCGCAGCGUGGAGGAGGAGGCGCUGGCGCUGGCGGCGGGCGAGCUGGAGGGUCUGCGCGCGGCGGGCGUGGUGGCGCGCUGUGCGGACACACUGCUCGACCAGCUCACACAUCUCCGAGCUGCACUCGACACUGCGCUAGACUCCCGCCUCAGACACCAGCCAGUGAUGGAGGGCGAAGAGCGAGGCGCGGAAGUGGGCGAGUUGCAGGAACAAGUGAUAAAGCUGAAGUCUCUCCUGUCUACGAAGCGCGAGCAGAUCGCGACUCUGCGCACAGUACUCAAGUCCAACAAGAACACGGCGGAGGUCGCCCUCGCCAACCUCAAGUCCAAGUACGAGACGGAGAAGACCAUCGUAACCGAGACUAUGCUCAAGUUGCGCAACGAGCUCCGACUGCUCAAGGAGGAUGCUGCUACGUUCUCCAGUUUACGCGCUAUGUUCGCCGCUCGGUGCGAGGAGUACGUGACGCAGGUGGACGAGCUGACGCAAGCGUUGGCGAGCGCGGAAGACGAGAAGAAGACCCUCAACCAGCUGCUGCGUCUCGCCGUGCAGCAGAAGCUCACCCUAACGCAACGUCUCGAAGAGUUAGAGGUUGACCGUGAGAUGCGCACGCGGCGCGUCCCCAAGUCUGGUGGGACGACGCGCGCGCGGCCGAGAGACUUCUAGCGGCUCGUGCUGGCGCUGAAGGCCGCCGCGGCCGCAGUGCGCGCGCUGCUGCGCCACGCCACGCGCGCGCCAUGACUCGCCGGCACUCGCAUACACUCGUACGAAUUUAUAGUGUUACAUCGGCCGCGGCUGUCUCACUUGUGAAUGACUCUCACAUCUGACCGCAAGUGCAUUG